CCCAGUUGCUUAGACUGUUGUUGUACAUUGCCACCUCUUUGCCCCGAUGGCACCAGCAGUGAGCAUGUGGGAGUGAGGGGAGUGUGGGCAGUGAUAAAAUUGCGAGCCGGAUUAUCGUAUAGCGCCAGUAUCGCGCGGAUCGCCAAAGACGACAGAUCGCAAGUCGCGCAGCUGCCGCGUGAGCAGCAUAGUUGGAGUGUGGCUGUAGGCAGCAGAUUCGUCGGAAGCGCUGGAGGCGCGUGUUCGCGGACGCUCGCAGACGGACGUCUCGGACGACGCGGGACGCAACCACGGCGGGGAACUUCUCAGCUGCUGCUGACGAUGGCGGCGUCGCUGGGCUACCUGACCAUCGGCCUGGUGCGCGGGUUCUCGUCGCCGGGGGUGCCGUCCAUGCAGCAGCUGGCGCCGCACCUCGUGCCGCACGAGGACGCCGUCUCCUGGGUCAGUGCCAUCCCGCCGCUGGGCGCCAUGAUAGGCAGCCUGGUGGCCGGCCCGCUGCUCCAGAACAUCGGCCGCAAGAGAACCCUCAUGGUCAGCUCGCCGCUCUUCCUCGCCGGCUGGGCCUGCAUCGCCACCGCACAAAACUACCCCAUGCUGCUGUGCGCCAGAUUGCUCACGGGCUUCUGCGCCGGCAUCGUCACACCAUCUGCGCAGGUCUAUGUGACGGAAUGUGCACAUGCGGAUAUACGAGGCAUUCUCGGAUCUCUACCAGCUUUGUUCAUGGCAGGCGGGAUCCUUGUGGCGUACCUGCUGGGUGCUUGGUUGCCGUGGAACCUGCUGGCCUGGUCAUGUGCCAUCUUCCCAACACUACAGUUCUUCGUCAUGCUACCGCUGCCAGAGUCACCAGCCUGGUACCUCUCCAGGGGCUGCCAUGAGGAGGCGGCCAAGGCCAUGAAGUGGCUCCACCACUCUUCCGAGAGCAAGGACCAAGUUCCACAAAUAGACCAGAGGCGCGGCUCCAUAUUCGCCGUGGCUCCCGUGCCACCCGUACUGCCAGAGGACGAGCCCGAGGCUAGCAAAACGAAACUGGCAGGCUCCUACAACCUGAAGGCUCUUCUCAGGCGCCCGGUAAUCAUGCCCUUUGUGUUGUCGCUCACGAUACUCGUGUUUCAACAGUUCAGCGGGAUAGACACCAUCAUAUUCUACACUGUCACCAUCUUCCAGGCAGCGGGCAGCUCUGUGGACGAGCACCUUGCCACGAUCUUUGUGGGUCUCGUCCAGCUUAUUGCCAACUUCAUGGCGCUGUUCCUCAUCGAUCGAUCGGGGCGUCGCCCACUCCUCGUGAUAUCGGGGGCACUCAUGUGCAUGUCCAUGGCUGCCAUGGGGACGCACUUCUACCUGCAGAAGACCAACUUCGCCUUGUCCAAGAACCUGGGGAUGCUUCCUCUCCUGAGCAUGAUAGUGUUCAUGGUCGGGUUCUCUGUGGGCUACUGCAGCAUCCCGUUCCUGCUCAUGGGAGAGCUGCUGCCGGUGCGGCAACGCAGCUUCCUCUCCUCUGUGGUCGGCUCCAUCAACCUGGGGAGCAUGUUCGUGGUCAUCAAGACCUACCCGCUCAUCGAGGACCUGAUUGGCGCGUACGGCGCCUUCUGGUUGUACGCUGCCUUCUGCCUGGCCAGUUGCGUGUUCGUGAUUUGCCUGGUGCCCGAGACCAAGGGCAAGACUCUCGACGAAAUAGAAGCUCAUUUUGAGGAAUCUAAUAGGCUCAGGAAAGAAAAGAUUGCAAUGUCUUUAAGGUCGCACACAAUGGCGGAAACAAACGUGGACAAGAAUGAUGAUGAAUGUGCAAAAAAAUGCAAUGAACUUACAAUUCCAAACACAUAACAUUUAUUACUGUACAGCUUUGUUUUUAAAUUUACUGCAUUCAUAAUGGGUGAACAUGCAUAAUGCAUGUAAUUCAAUGUGUUUCACAUUAGAAACAGCAACACUGCUGUAGUUAUAAACAGACAAAGUACAAAGAAAGGCACAUUUAUGCAAAUAUGUGUAAGUCUACAGAUUAUUUUACUCAACUAUCACUUGUGCAUACCUGUAAACAAAAUCAGCCCAUUAGCACAAAAAAUAAUUGUAUAGUAAAAACAAAGCAUUUGAAAUACAAACUUUUUAAUGCAAA